GCCCGUCUUAUCCUGAAUUUUUAACUUGUUUGUCACAAGUACGCUUCGUGCUCUAUCAAUACUCAAGAAACGAAGACGUCGGCAGUCGAUUUUCUAUCGUUGGGGAAACAGUUUAAUCUUCGUCAUGAAUGUGAGUUAUGAAAAGAACGGCACUAAUGUGACCGUUGACAGAUAUAUCAGCUCAAUAUACAAUCUCGGACAAGAGGACAGCAAUUGGAUAGUAACAAGCUCGUUUAUGAUUCUCACAAUGCAAACAGGUUUCGGAAUGUUAGAAUCCGGCUGUGUGUCUCUAAAAAACGAGGUCAAUAUCAUGAUGAAAAACGUAGUCGAUAUCGUCCUGGGCGGUCUGACUUAUUGGAUCUUCGGGUUCGGAUUUAGUUUCGGCAUGUACGAACCGAAUAAUCCGUUAAUCGGCAUCGGAGGUCUGCUCAUAGAUCCUCCCGUUGAUGACGAAUACAUGGGUCCUAUGUGCGCCGCGUUUCUGUUUCAAUUGAGCUUCGCCACCACCUCGACGACCAUCGUCAGUGGUGCUAUGGCCGAACGGUGUAACUUCAAAGCGUACUGUCUCUUUUCGUUUUUGAACACUAUCGUGUAUUGUCUGCCGGCCGGGUGGGUAUGGGGCGAUCACGGGUUUCUUAAGCGCAUGGGAGUCGUUGAUAUCGCCGGCUCGGGACCGGUGCAUCUCGUCGGCGGUGUUUCAGCGCUUGCUUGCGCUAUCAUGCUGGGUCCUAGGAUAGGAAGAUACGACAACGGAAUCGAUCCCCUACCGCUCGGAUGUCCCGUGAAUGCAAUCAUGGGUUUAUUCGUGUUAUGGUGGGGCUGGUUAGCGUUUAACAGCGGUAGCACUUACGGAGUGACCGGCGAACGAUGGCAAUACGCCGCUCGAGCGGCUGUUUCGACAAUGAUGGGCAGUAUGGGGGGCGGUCUGGUCGGGUUGGCGUUCAGUUUGAACAACCCAAAUGGAAUUGACAUACUUAGCCAAAUAAACGGUAUUCUUGGAUCGCUCGUUUCAAUUACCGGUGGGUGUUUUCUAUACAGAGCUUGGGAAGCGAUGGUAAUCGGCAUGGUGGGCGCUUUUAUCACUUGUACCGUGAUGCCACUGAUGGAUAAAAUACAUAUAGACGAUCCUGUUGGCGCAGCUGCCACUCAUGGCGCAAGUGGUAUCUGGGGAGUUAUCGCGAUCGGUUUAUUUGCUGAUAAUCCGUAUCCUCUUGAUACUACCAAAGGAAGGAAAGGUUUAUUCAAAGGUGGUGGCUGGUAUCUGCUAGCGGUACAAAGUUUAUCCGCGCUUUGUUUAACAGUUUGGAGCUUCAUUAGCUCCGUUGUACUAUUAUGGAUCGUAAACAAGAUAAUACCGAUCCGAAUGUCGGUUUACGAAGAGGUUCUCGGAGCGGAUCUUGUCGAGCAUAGAAUACGUCAUUCAAAAAUAGGUGUGAGUCGCGCCAUGUCGGCGCUCCGACCGUUCACUAUGGAGAAGACAUUGAAGAACGUACAUCCAGUUGGCAUAAAUCCCGGUCAUGACUCGUAUCUUGUUCAGCAUAAAAAAAGAAAGUUGAACAAUUUUGCAAAAUCUGGAAAACAACAGUUGUCGAGGAAGCUGAUGAAAAACGUUUCUCAAAUCAAAACAAUCGCGGACUUGACAAUAUCCGCGGAAAAACCGCAGUUUGCUUGGAUAAAUUAAGGAAAUAAAACAAAGAAUCG